AUGGCCCUCAUCCUCCAAGAGCAGCCUGGGACGGGGAGGGCAGUGCCAGUGGCUGUGGACGCAGGCCAGGGGGCUGGCCGGAGCGACUCUGGUGACAAGAACACAUACCUGCAGGUGCUGAUGAAGGAACUCUGCCGGCUUCAGGCCAGGCAUAGAAAACUGAAGAGAGAGGUCGAGAAGCACAAGCUUUUUGAAGACUACCUGAUUAAGGUCCUUGUGAAAAUCCCCAAGGGCUACAGUGACAGGGAGGAGCCGGAGGAGGCCCAGAAGGAGGGUCUGGUGGAGGCCCUGGUGGAGCACUAUGGGAAGCUCUUCGCUGUCAGCCAGGACAUCCAGAAGCAUCUCCAGGCCUUCUCCAAGAUGAACCAGGCCGCCCACCGGAGCCUGGAGUCCCUAACGGAGAGCCACAGAGCUCUUAUCCUGAGACUCAAGAUCCAGCUGUGUCAGCUGCAGAAGAGGUGCCACCACGGGCAGAGGCAGCAGGGGCAGUCAGAACAAGAUGUCACCUACCAGGAAGACACAGGCAGCUGUCACAACCAGCUGCUCAACUACGUGCAAAAGGCCAUCAACAGCAUGGCCCAGCAGUGCUGCUCCUCCACCCGUGUUGUGCCCAAGAGCAUGGGCCUCUUCUCCAAGCUGGACCUGAUUCAGGAAUUUAUGUUGGACAAAAUGGAGACUGUGAAAUUUAUCUCACUGCUCAUGGACCCCAGGACAUGCCAGUCAGGGGACAGCCACGAGGGCCAGCAGUGCAGACAGCACCCCAGACCCUUUGAGAAACGUCCAAGGAGCCAAGGUUUAACCCCAAGGACGCCCUUUCCCGGCACCUGGACUUGA